UGCAAGGAUAUUUUAGAGGAAGUUGAAGAGUAUAUUGCGGCAUAUGAAGCUAUUUGUGUGAACGAUACAGUUCCAUGCAUAUACCCUGAGCCACUGGGAAUGCAAAACGGAAAAAUAUCCGAUUCGUCAAUCGCAGCAUCAUCAUUUUUUAAUUCUUGGUAUUUCCCUUACUUCGCAAGAUUGAAUAAGACUGGCAGUUCUUGUUCUUGGACACCAGGUCUUGGAGCUGGCUCGUGGUUUCAAGUUGAUCUUGGACAAAAGACAGCUAUCACAGGAUUUGCAACUCAAGGAACAUGUUAUAACGCUCAAGCAUGGGUGACCUCUUACUCGAUUGCUUACAGCAACAAUAGUAAUAGUUGGACUGAUUAUAAAGAGUCAGGCACUGUGAAGGUGUUUCAAGGAAACAAAGAUCGAAACUCCAUUGUCACCAACACAUUUAAGACUGAAAUCAGAGCUCAAUAUAUUCGUGUGUUACCGAAAUCAUGGAAAAACUAUGCUACAAUGAGACUAGAGUUGUACGGUUGUUACUGA